AUGCUAGUAUGCCUAUUCCUAUCCGGUUAUCACUUUAUGUGACACUAUUUAAUUAGUUGGGACAGAUUUUCGGGCAUUGGCUAUACGCCCAUUCCCUUUCCUAUUAUCACAAUAUGUGACAUCUUUUUUCUUUUUUUAGGGAUGGAUUUUUGGACAUUGGUUGCGUGUCUAUUUCCUAUCCUAAUGAUCACUUAAUGUGACAUUUAUUUAUGGAUGGAUUUUCGGGCAUUGAUUGUGUGCCUAUUUCCUAUCCUACUAUCACUUAAUGUGACAUAUAUUUAUGGACGGAUUUUCGGGCAUUGGUUGUGUGCCUAUUUCCUAUCCUACUAUCACUUAAUGUGACAUUUAUUUAUGGAUGGAUUUUCGGGCAUUGGUUGUGUGCCUAUUUCCUAUCCUACUAUCACUUAAUGUGACAUUUAUUUAUGGACGGAUUUUCGGGCAUUGGUUGUGUGCCUACUUCCUAUCCUACUAUCACUUAAUGUGACAUUUAUUUAUGGAGGGAUUUUCGGGCAUUGGUCGUGUGCCUACUUCCUAUCCUUAUUAUCACUUAUGUGACAUCAUCUCAAAUAUGGAUUUUCGGGCAUUGGUUGUGUGCCUAUUUCCUACCUUUCUUAUCACCAAUAUGAUUGUUAUUAACACAGUGUGUGUACAGGUAACAACUUGUAGCCUGUACCAUAAUACACACACAAAUUAACAAAUCUCAUUAAUUUUAGCAUAAUGCCCAAGAAGAACCCCAAGACAGCUGGAACGGGUAAACGAAAGGCAGUCCAGGAUCAAAACACGGGGAAUAAACAGAGCCGCCUAGCAGUCCUCUUAGCUGACGCCAUCUCCAAGGAUGACGAAAUUCUGUCCGAAAUCGGCGAACUCCUGGGGAAUAAGGACAAGAACAAGGCUGACGGUUCAAGAAGCACUGACCUUAGCCCCACAUCUGAACAAAACACCGCUACCAUUACCAAUCCAGAUGAGCCCACUAGCAUUGCUGCAAUGAAAACUCAUCUAAUAACUGCAUCUCUUGCUCCGUCAACAAGGCUCUCAUAUAAAAGAUUCUGGUCAAGGUUUACUGUUUUUGUUUCAAAUAUGCCAGAAUCAAGAAGCUACUUACCAGCAACAUCCGACACAGUUGCCUCAUUUGUGGCCCACCUACAUUUACUGAAAUACUCCCCGUCGACCAUCAGCAGUCACCUUUCAGCAAUAGCGUAUCAACAUCAGCUCACAACUAAUCCUGACCCUUGUAAUUCCUUCAUCGUACGCCGCAUGGUUCUAGGCGCACACAAAACCAACUCAAAAUCUGACUGCAGAAAACCUCUUCUGUACGAGGACAUAAAGAAACUUUGCAAAGCCACAGCAUUUGUAUUUGCAACAAAUCCCUUUUUGAGACAGUUAUGUCAAGCGAUUCUCUUGAUAUCCUUUCAUGGAUUUUUUCGAAUGGGCGAACUUCUCCCUUCUAAAAGCAGCAAAGACCAUCAAGUCGUACAAUUGAAACAUGUGGAAUUUAAAAAGAAAUCUGUUCACAUAAGACUGCAUCGACACAAAACUAAGAAAACAAGCACACCAUGUUCAAUAAUCAUCCCCUCAUCUAAAUCCUUUUGCCCUGUCACCUACUUAAAAAGCUACCUCAGUCUGAGAGGGAAUAGUAAGGGCCCACUUUUCAUAUUGGCAAACAAUUCCUCUUUAACACUGGGAAAAUUCAAAACACAUUUCAUGAAACUUUUGCACUUUGUCAACCUGUCACCUAAAUACUACAAAUUCCACAGUAUUCGGAUUGGAGCUUGUACACAAGCAGUUAUAUCAGGAAAAUCUGAACAAGAGAUCAUGCUGUUAGGAAGAUGGAAAUCUAAAGCCUUUAGAAAAUACAUUAGACUUUCAAAAAUUACAUCCUAGUACUAUUGGUGUUGGUCGUGCAUCAAAAUGAACAGGAUUUGCUCCACAUAAUACCUUUUCAUUUAUGGAGAUAUUGGUUGUGUAUCUCUACAGUAUACUCAUACCACUUGCCUUUACCAUAAUACUCUGUUGAUGUUGGUAGUGCAUCAACAAUUCAUAUGCAAUUUGAGUUGUUUCUAGUCAGCAUGGAAUUUCUUUGUUAUUCCUCUUACUUGUCUAUUGUUAUAAUAACUAAAGCAAUACUAAAUUUUGAACAUACUGUGUAAUACUACUUUGAAGUGGUCAUUGUAUACUGUACCAUUUACAUGUUUUUAUAAUUUACCUUAACCUUUUCUGGUCAUUUACCAUUGCGUCAACUUGUUAUGUGCUCAUAUUUGAUAUCACGAGGCAAUAUUACAUGUACAUUGUUGUAUUUUCUAUUUAUAUACAAAUAUGUUAAACAUUUGGCAUUUGCUUUCUUGGCCAUAAUUCAACUUACUCUAGUCAAUAUCUUUGCGCUCUCCCUUCCGUUGGUUGGACUUGGUUUGGGACUUUCUUAUACGUCCAACUUUAUGGGACUUUUACCCAUUACUUACACUAUUAUGUAAUCAUUAUUAUACAAGUUAUGCGGACUGGGUUGCAAAUGCACCAGUCCUUUUCAAAAUAAAUUCCGGCAGAUGCAAUAUGCAUCAGCCCUUUUCAAUCCAAUUGGGUGUUAGUAUUUACUGUCCCAUAAAUAAACUUUGGAUGUGAGAGCGCAAAUAUAAAAACAUAAUUUAUAUGACAAAGGAGAUAUAAAUUGAUUUAUAUUGUGCAUGUGUAUAUUUUGAUAACGGUUUGGACAGGCUGAGAGGAAAAGCAGUGUUGGGUUCUGUUAACGAAACAUAUAUCAGUGUAAAAUAACCUCAGCGCAACGGAAGCAGCAUGGCAAGCAUGCGCAUUACGGUCUUUCUAUUUUCCAAGCUCAUGCAGAUUGCACGCUGCAAAUUCGCUGUCGAUUUUUCCACCUUCCCUCCCCGCCUCCUCUCUGCCUGUACAAUUUGCUUUGUGAUUAUGUACAUUAAUUAUAUUGGACUUUCUUAUACGUCCAACUUUAUGGGACUUUUACCCAUUACUUACACUAUUAUGUAAUCAUUAUUAUACAAGUUAUGCGGACUGGGUUGCAAAUGCACCAGUCCUUUUCAAAAUAAAUUCCGGCAGAUGCAAUAUGCAUCAGCCCUUUUCAAUCCAAUUGGGUGUUAGUAUUUACUGUCCCAUAAAUAAACUUUGGAUGUGA